UGCAAUUUCAUAACAGAAACCCUCUCCUUUACAUCAUUAACACCAUAUACAUCAACAUCACAUUCAUUUAUACACGCUCUUUACUUGGUUUCCAUACAUAUCGUAAUCCGACUAUCCAGCACAUCAACUAACUCGAUACACCCACCGACCAUGCUCGCCCUCCUCGCCCUCUUCCAGCUCCUCCCCAUUCUUGCGCUCGCUGCCCACAACCCUCCCCACCGCCGCGCUCACGAGCGAGCUCGAAAGAAUUACGAGCAUAUUCAUGGCCGCGAUGCUGAAGAAUCCCCGUCCAUCGUCGAGAGGGAUAACCAUUAUGACAAUCGAACCAUUGUUGAGCGCGACCACUUUGACAAUAGGACCCUCACUCCCCGAGGGACAACGUAUACCGGCGUUGGAACCUUUUACUACACAGGUUUGGGCGCUUGUGGUUUGAACUCUCAAGACAGCGAUUACAUGGUUGCGUUGAACUCUGCGCAGUAUGGUAGUGGAUACCCCGGUCCUCAGUGCUUCAAGUACAUUACCAUCCAAAUGGGCUCUACCACUGUCAGCGGUGUUGAGAUUCUUGACGAAUGCCCUACAUGUGACUAUGGAUCCCUUGACUUGUCUCCCGGCCUUUUCACCCGGUUCGCUGAUUAUGACGCCGGUACUAUUCAAAUCACUUGGUGGUUUGACGACGAUGCUCCUGCCGCGACUACCACCUCUGAAACUCCCACUUCUACUUAUGUACCCCCCACCUCCACCUGGGUUGCUCCUUCUUCCUCAUCGACUUCCACUUACGUCUGGAUUCCUCCUUCGUCAUCGUCCACCCCUGAGUGGGUCGAGCCUUCCACCUCACCCACUCCUUCUUCCACCACCCAGUGGUAUUCUUCGCCCGCUGAAACCUCUACUUCGACCACACCCACCUCCACCUGGGUGGCUCCUUCUUCCACUUCCACCUCCGUCUGGGUUGAGAGCUCCACCUACAGCUCCUCUGCGCCUAGCAGCACCAUCACUUCAUCCGCGUACUCUUCCGCUUCUGCGGCCGUCAACUCUACCAACCCUUUCGCCAUUGUGAGCAACGCUUCCAACAGCAGUGUUUCUGCUACCAUUUCCUCCGAUACUGGUGUCAGCGGCAGCGCAAACAGCGGGUCAUCAGAAGUUUCUGUCGAAGUUACCGGCAACCUUGAGAUGAUCAACGCUCUUGCUGCCCAGUACGGUCAGCUCGUGGUCGAGGCCGCCCUCCAGAGUUAGAUCUUAUCUUCCCCAUCCUAUCACUCUCUCGAACUUGUUUACGAACACUGGCUGUGCAGGACAAUUGAAAUUUUGAAAUAUUGACGCGCAUAACGAACCUUAUAUCAUAGUAUCUACCAUUAUAUCUCUUAUUUUUCGUUUCCGUUGCGCUCUCAAUUUUAUAAACACGGGCUGUGUGUAGUUCCUUUUACUUUGUCUCUUUUCUCACAAUCUUUUUCCAUCUUCUUUCCCAUGAACCACUAACUGGAUGUUUGAUGGCAGUGGAAAGGACGUAUACCUUUUUUUUACGUUUGUAACGAUACCCCAUGUCCCUUUCGUUAUCUACAUGUUUUCGUCUGUGUACACGAUGCACGAUGUCUACGAU